GUCACUGACAUGAUAGGCAAGGUACCGUGACGGUACAGUACAUUUGAUAGUUACAUGGAAUAUGGUUUAUUGCUUGGCGUGUCGUAGAAUUUUGGAAUAUUUGGAUGAUGCGGUGUCAAAUGGCGUCAAUUGGUGUCAAUCCCAUGUCCCAUCGUCCAAACAUAAAUCCAUAAACCGCAACGGUUGGGGUUUACCGGCUCGGGAGUUAUUCGUUUUGGACAAUUCAGGGCGUUUUGAGUCUCCAAAUUACAAAUUUCCUAUUCAAUGCCCUUUUUGCCGACAUCUUCAUAUUAUCCUCUAAUUCCCCUUUAAUUAUCUUCUCGUAAUCCGGCGUCUUCGUGUUCCAACUCUUCUCCUUUUCUUACGCUUAUCUCUCUAUCUCACCAACCCGUAAUCUCGACCUUCCCUCAUCCUUAUCAAACAUGGCACUAUUCGUAGACCUCGACGAAGAGGCCGAGCCACCCCAGGCGCAUCAUUACGGCCUAAAACCUCAGUGGAAUGGCGAGAGACCGCAGCAGCAGCUAUCGUCGGGAGCUGAAGGGACAGCUCCAGCAAACAAUGACGGAGGACAGAGCCAACCGAACAUAAUAGACCGCGAACCCGAGAACCUCAACGAGCAUAAUGGGAUGGCGGAGGCUCUCGGAUGUUAUCCUAUCGUUAUGGCGAUCGCGUCGUCCAUCGAUCUAAACACUCUCGACAACUUGUCCCGCACCUGCCGUCAGGUACGCCAGGCCCUCCUGCAGUACCGCAGCGUAGUGCUUGCGCAUACACUCCAUUGCGUCAACGAAGACGUGCCCAUCGACCCCGAAGAUACCUUCCGCUAUCGUGCCCGAGCAGGAAACUGGUAUUAUAUGGAAGACGGUCGUACCGGUGACUACAGCGGCAAGAGUGGGAGCUGCGCGAGGGACAUGGUGGCCGAAUGUAGGAGGUGCGGGACUGUCGUCUGUCGGAACUGCGCGAUCAAACCGCCUGCCCCUGCCGUGCUCCGGGACAGACAUCGCCGACUCUGCCUCCCGUGUAGCAAAGCCCCGCUUGGGAGCCUCGUGAAACCGCCAUUACGGGCCGACACCACCGUGGACGCGGACGAAAUGCGACUAGCGAUAUGCACCUGCGCCUCGGAAGGGGUCUGGCUUUGCCAACCCUGCGGGAGGAGCAUCCGCGGAGACGACCACGGGUACAAGUCCAUCUGGAAGUGGCGCAACCAAUACGGCGAGGUGCUCGGGGGACUCGGCACCGGUAUCGGGGAAGGUGACCGGGGGGUGAUCUGCGGGCGCGAGGCCGCGUGUUGCGGCUCCAAAGAGCGCGAGCAGGAGACCGACUGCGACGCUGCGGACGCCCGAGAGCAGGACGAGAUUAGCAAUGGUGGUAGCGGCGGCGGGAGCUUGUCCCCGUGGGCCACGCCGUCCCCCGCUUCCUCCGUCACCGGAUCUCCGCCCGGCGAGCGAAGGACCCCGAGCCCGCAGCUCAGGCCCGGAUACGCGCGCCACGAGAUCGAGGGUAUCGGAGGCGUGGUGAAGACUAAGCUUAUGCGCAUGGUUAGGGUGGGCGCAUGCGUCCCCGAAUGGGAGGACGAGAAGAAUAAGGGUGAGAUCCUAGGGAGGGAAGUGAGCGGUAGGAGUAGGAGUUGGUGUGGUUGGUGCUGGAGGGUCAUUCCGGGGAAGAAGGACUGGGAGGCCGCGGCUAAGGCUAAGGCCAGGGCCGAGGGCGACGGAAAUGAAAAGGAAAAGGGGAAGGCGGCUGAAAAGGAUGUGCGAUAAGGAGUAACGAACGAUGAAAAGCUACGAGGCUAUGAGGCUACCCACUCCUAUUAGGGGCCGUACCGUCUGGAAAAAAAGGUCUGGUUAAGGCGGGUGGUAGGGCUGGGUUAUGACACACUUGACGCAUAUAGAGUCUACCGAACUGAACUGCAUCCCGGGGCAUUCGGGCGCGAAUGAAUAAAAUAUAGGAUAUGUAAGUAUAGGGUGGGAGCCUAAGCUUAAGCUUCACCUGAGACCUUGCAUAUACAAAUCACUUGGGGGGGGUGGGGGGUUCACAUAGGCAACUAAUAGAAAUGACAUAUGAUCAGGAUAUAACAAAUGAUACUAA